CUUAUACCCCACCUCUUGUAGGUUUACUCGAACCGCCAACGCCUGGCCAUAUCCAUGCCGCCCAUCGCUCUGCUGCUUCUUCUUCUAGAAGCCCUCUCUCCUACCCUCUCGGGCACGUCGACUCCUGGCUAAUCUCGUGCAUGACGGGGGCUGAAAACCCAACACACCUCACAGGCACAAACCCUCUCCCAGACAUUCUCCGCAAGCGCCCCUCUCUGCCAUCAACGCCACAGGAGAAAACCCUCGGAAUCGUGCCACCUGUUGCCCUUCCAAGAGCCAUCAACUUCGAUCCAAAGAGGCUUGCCAGAAUCGGGAAGUGGUCCAAUGUAACCUGAUUCAUCAUACGAUGGUUACCCACAUCUGGCCUCACAAUACGCAAGUAACGGCACCAACACCAAUGCUUACUUACGGGGGUGGGAAAUGGUACAGCUUGCCCGGACAUUGAAUGGGAUGGCCAGCCUUGUGACAGCACGGAGUUGAGCAUCCCCCCACGUGACGACACAACCCCCCCAAUGAGCCACUCAUUUGCUCUGGCUAGUCGGCCACCUGUCUCGCUUUGCGGCAAGCCCCCCAGUCACGCCUGUCACCCCCAAAAGGCGUAGCAAAAGUUCGUUCUAGAAUAUGGGGCCAAAAAAACGAAACAUCCACACUUGGAGCCCACCAAGAGCGGCUCUCUCCUGCAGACCAAACACCUUCCUGGUCCUCCACCUCUCCUCUUCGACAGCUCCAGCAGACUGCAUUCAGGCCGACAAAACUUUCUCGGACUGCACAUAGGCUGUUGGCAGGUCGGUCGACUUGAACGAAUCAGGCAUGGGAGCUGCGAUCGCGGUGGAAUCUCAAUGGUCACACCGUGCUAUUCGGGCCAAUUGCGGCCGACGUGCCAAAAGUGAACAAAAAUGCUUGCCAUGGUUCUGAAUGCACACUUUCCUACGACCACUGCAGUCAUCAUCAUCACCCAAGCCCGAACAAGGAGGUGUUUGGAGCUGCAACAAAUGAAUUCCGCUCAGUGUGGUCCUUGUGGAGAAGCAGAUGUCGUCGAUCUGGGUCUGAUCUCUGACAAGUCCUCUUGCAUCAGACCCCGAUGGGCCCCCCACUAACAUCAACCCCCAUGAGCCUGCUCAUCCUCCUGCUCCUAGGGGAACACCACGGAGCUCUCCAGCGGCAUCCACAGUCGGGGCCCCUACCAGGCGUCUGGUUCUUGCCUCUCACCAAUCAGCGUUGGUGGAUCCGCCAGACUUCGGUAUGGUUACUCGAGAAUGCAUGGUCAUCGCUUCGCCAAACCGCGCAACUUAGAUCCUUCAACCCGGUCUGCAAGAGAAUACGCACCCUCCCUCAUAAUCAAAAGCCAACGGAUCGGCGAUGGUGCUGCCCUCGCAACACAGUGAUGCGCGUCUCUUCGCCGUGUCCGCCUUGUACGGGCGCAUUCCACGAGUAGACGCGGGCCGCGGACUUUCGCUGUUGUUGCCUUUCCGCACUUUUCCAAGCCUGAUGAGACACGGCCUUCACAGUAUGCCGGGCCUCCGUUGCCCUUCGACCUCAAAGAGGUAAUUCGCCACCGACGUGGGAGACGCAAACUGAGCACCAAAGUUAGCAACAUUCACACCGCUCGGCUAAGGGGGAGAGGGGGUAGGUCUCGAAGGAGGGCGGGCAGCUCUUCCGUCCCGGGCGCGAGCUCGAUGCCUUUUUUUUUUCUUGCCGGGAAACU